ACAUAAUACAAAGUCAUAUUCACAAUUAUCAAAUAUAAAAGAAAAUGAAGAAGAAACAUCACAAAACCUUAUAAACACAAGAAACAAUAAAAAUAUAAUAAUUGAGACCAUCGGAGAUUCAAAAGAUCUGUUCAUAAGAAAGAUAUCAGAAUACUUAUCUAAGACAAAGAUUGUGACAAGCCCAUACAUGAUCAAUGAAUCUAAAUUUUCACAUGAGAUUAAAAAAAUCAUCCAUGAAACUUUGCUUGGUAAUGAUACAACAAUUCAACUUGACCAAAUUCAUAUAAUCAAUGACAAAAAAAUGAUUGUUGCUGUUCAGGAGUUAAUAGAAAAAUUUAAAAAAUUAUGGGAUGAUGAAUUAUUUCAGGAUGCGGAACUUCAGGUCAAUGAGGACACAUGGAAAGUUGAAUGUAUUUCAUAUAUUAUAUCAUUCUUGUUCUUUAACAUUAAUCCUAUUCAUAAGAUAUGCUUUGGCCCUUUCAAUAAUUCAUCUGGUCAAAAAGGUCAUGCUAUAGAUGACAAUUUAAGACUUGCAAAAUUUGGAAAGGAUA